AUGACCACAAGUAAUGGUGCGCCAGUGGAGCGCCGCGACACCUCCACCUUAAACAGAAGACUCAUAUACAACAACUACUUCAUGGACUCCUUAUCCCAUGUGACUCGUGAACGCAUACAAGAACGUACUAUUCAUUCUAAAGGAGCUGGAGCAUUUGGUUACUUUGAAGUGACUCACAAUGUAGCACAAUACACUAAGGCUGAAUUUCUGAAUGGAGUCGGAAAGAAAACUCCAGUUGCCGUUAGGUUUUCUCCAACAGCUAUAGAACGAGGUGGCAGUGAUUUAUCCAGAGGCGUGCGAGGUUUCGCAGUUAAAUUCUAUACAAAGGAAGGAAAUUUUGAUGUCGUUGGCCUAAGCACUCCUAUGUUUUUUCUUAAGGAUCCAAUACUAUUUACAGCUUGCAUACGUUCGCAGAGAAGAAAUCCUUCGACGGCAAUUCGAGACAGCAACAUGCUAUGGGACUUCAUGACCUUACAUCCAGAGAGCAUGAGCGCAUUACUUAUUACACUAGGAGAUGAAGGUAUACCCAAAGGCUACCGCCAUAUGCAUGGACACAGUAUUCAUACGUAUCAAUUUCAAAAUAAAGUUGGCGAAAUUUAUUUUGCCAGGUUACACUUUAAGCCUGAUAUAGGAAAAGCAAGCAUAACUACGAAAGAAGCUAGAAUUUUUGACGGCACUGAUCCCGAUGUUUUCACUAGGGAUUUAUAUGAAGCUAUAGCUUGUGGAGAGAGGGUAAGCUGGACAUUUAGUAUGCAGGUAAUGAGUCUGAAGCAGGCAUUAAACGUAAGCAUUGAUGUUUUUGAUUUGACUCUAGAAAUUCCAGAAGAUGAAGUUCCACUUGUUCCUGUGGGAAGACUAGUGCUUAACAGAAAUCCGGAAAACCAUUUCGCCGAAAUAGAACAACUGGCGUUCUGUCCGUGUAACCUAGUGCCAGGUAUUGAUGGAGCACCGGACAAGGUGUUUGAAGCUCGUAGCUUCGCUUACAGAGAUGCCCACCUUUAUCGUUUAGGAGCAAACUUUAAUAAAAUUAGGGUGAACUGUCCAUUCUACGCACACACGUAUAACAGGGACGGUCAUGCUCCUGUGGGAGAUAAUGAACGAGAUUUGCCAAACUAUUAUGAAAAUACUUUUAAUGGUCCAGUUGCGUAUAAUGACAUUUAUAGAUCGAAUUUGAUAGAAAUAUUUGAAGAAGAACCAAAUAACCUUUCGCAAACAGCACGUAUAUAUAACAAUAUGUUGAAUGGGGAGAAAGAUCGUUUAAUCAGUAAUAUUGUUGAUAGUUUAGGACCUGCUUUACCAUCCCUUCAUAUUAAAGCUGUAAAAAUAUUUAAAGAAAUAAACUCCGAGCUUGGUCGCAGAGUUGAACAAGCUUUGAAAGAAUAUAAGAGAGAGCCCGCUUGUAGCCUUCCAUUUGAAAACUAA